AUGGCCUUCAAAUUGCCGAAGUGUAUCACUAUUGCGGUACUUCUUGAAGCUGGGCUCGUUUUCGGUGGAUCUUUAAGCGACAUCGAACAUGUCGUCAUCUUCAUGCAGGAAAACCGCUCGUGGGACACAUACUUUGGCACUAUGCCUGGAGUUCGGGGCUUCAAUGAUCCCAAUGUUCAGGUCAACUCCGACGGAAACUCGGUUUGGCAUCAACUAGUCGAGCCGGCCCAGUCAAACAAAACCAAGACUUUGUUACCCUGGUAUCUUGGAUAUCAAGGUGGCGACUGGCAUGACGCUAUUCAGUGCAUGGUCGCGGGUAGCAACGGGUACGAGGAGAAUCAACAGUCUCUAAACAACGGAUUGAACAACCACUGGGUGGCUAAAAACACACCCUGGAGUUGGGGCUACCUGAAGCGGCAAGAUAUUCCAGUUCAAUUUGCUAUUGCUGAAGGUUGGACGUCGGGAGACAUGUAUCAGGAAAGUCAAAUCACUGCCACAAAUCCGAAUCGAGUGACUUUGGUCAGCGGUUCCAUCAAUGUUCCUGGUAGUCCUCAGGGCAAAGACCAGGGAGGUGUCUACAUUGACAACAAUGAGGUACCAGGAUGUGAUGACCGCGGUAUCAACUGCUAUCCACUCAAGUGGAAGACCGUCUAUGACUUUUACGAAGAGGCAGGGGUCUCGUGGCAACUCUUCCAAGACACAAACAACUUCGACGAUAACCCUCUAGCUUGGUUCCAGCAAUUUCAAACUGCCGCGAAAGAUAGUCCUUUGGCCAAAAAGGGUAUGUCCUUUGUCGGUCUUGAGUUCUUCUAUCAGGCUGCCGCCAACGGCACAUUGCCCGAGGUCAGCUUUAUUGUUGGCCCGUCUGAGCUGUCUGAGCAUCCGCCAUACAUGCCAAAGGAUGGAGGCUGGCUUCAGAAGAAGAUCGUCGACGCCGUCACCAGUAGCCCAAAGUACAACUCAACGCUUCUGAUGAUCAGCUUCGAUGAGACCGGUGGCUUCGGCGACCAUGUCACCCCCUUCCACUCGCCUAAGGACACCCCGGGAGACUGGAUGCAGGAUCCCCUAGGUAUGUUCUCGGAUCUCUUUGUGGGGCCUGGUUUCCGAGUACCAUUCUACAUGAUCUCUCCCUGGACCAGAGGAAACCGUGUGUUCACUGAGCGUGCAGAUCACAACUCUCAAAUUCUCUUUGUUGAGGAAUGGCUGACAGCGCGGGGGUACAAAAAUAUUACAACCGAUCAGAUGGUUUCCUGGCGACGCAAGCACAUGUCUAAUCUAGUCAACGCGCUUGAUUUGAAUCACCCAGACUACUCUCUCCCAAAUCUUCCCGAUGCUGGAACUGUGGACAUGAACGAAAAAGGCGAGUAUACUGGCACAUCUAACUGCCAGUCUCGUCACAAACAAACACGUCCUGAUGUUCCAUAUGGAGAACAGAGCAACGCAACAGAUGUCAAUACUCUAUGGUUCGAAGAGGGGUUUAAAGAGGUAGUCGGCUACCUCACCGAGGGCCGAUACCUAGUCUUUGAAAAGAAUGAAGCAGGCAUCACAAAUCCAGCCAGAGGCAACCGCCUCGUGUCUGGCUGUACAAGCUCUGAGCACAGCAACAAAGCCCAGCGGUGGGUGAUCCACUACAACAAUGACGAGGAAAGUCAGAAAUUUACCGUUUCCAGCGCACUGGAUGGUCGAUGGAUUGGUCUCGAUGGUGCGUUGCUUCCCCAAAGCCAGAGUUCAAAUGCAGCUCAAAUACAUUUCACCUUCUUGGGUGGAGGCCUUGGCUACACCAUGCAGUUUGUGGAGACAGGGGGGUACAUUGAUAUUGACAAGCACGGAAACUUGAAGGCUGAAGGUAGCCAGACUAAACCUACUAGUGGCUACAGGGUGUUCAGUGUCUCCUUCCGUGAUUAG